AUGAAUCCGCAAUCGUCGUUUGAUAUCGCUAGAAAUAUUAUCAUUGUGCAAGAACGAGUUUUGUCAAAAACAAUUCAAAAGGACAAUUUCUUAUCAAGACACAAAGCAAAAUUUAUCAGGAUCAUUAUCUUUGUUAUAACAUUGGUAGUUUCGGCUAUUAUCGGAUAUUUUGUUUUCGCUCGUACUCCCAUACAAAAAUCAACAGCAUCAACAUCAACAACAGCACUAAUAAAUCUCACUACCAAAAUCACUACAUCAUUAUCAUCAACAAACAGCAGAGCAACAACAAUAUCGACUACUACUGUUCGAACAUCGACCAUGAGUAGCAGUACUAGUUCAAGUUUGAAUUCAUCUAAUAUUACCUGUCCAUCAUUACCUUUUAGUUCAUAUAUAUCAUAUUCAACUGGAACUGCACCAUGGUCCAUUAGUAUCGCUGAUUUAGAUAAUGAUAAUAAGAAAGAUAUAAUUGUUCUUAAUUCAAAUGAUGGAAAUCUUGGAAUAUAUUUUAAUCAAGGAAAUGGAACUUUUCAAAUACCAAUACUCGUUCAAACUAGUAUUAAUCCUGCAUUUAUUACAUGUACUGAUUUAAAUAAUGAUAAUAUAUCAGAUUUAGUCGUAACUCAAACUUCAAGUAAUAGUCUCGGUUUAUUUCUUGGUUUUGGUAAUAAAAACUUUAGUUCACGGAUGAAUAUUCCAGUUGGUCUUUAUCCAUAUUGGGUUGGUAUUGCUGAUUUUAAUAAGGAUAAGAAUUUAGAUCUUAUCGCUACUAAUUGUUAUGAAAAUACUGUCAGUAUUUUAUUUGGAUACAGUAAUGAAAGUUUUAUAAGUGUCAACACUGCUGCAACAGGUAGUGGACCAACAGGAUUAGCCAUUGCUGAUUUCAAUUCUGAUAAUUAUUCAGAUUUUGUUGUUACUGAUUAUAAUAGCAAUACAGUAAGUUUAUUUAUUAAUUAUGGUAAUGGAAGUUUUCAACAACGAGUAUCUUAUUCAACGGGAACCUCUCCAUGGGGAAUAGCUAUUGCAGAUUUCAAUCAUGAUGAUUCUAUGGAUAUUGUUAUUGUUAACUAUGGUAGUAAUACAAUGAGUUUAUUGUUGGGAAACGGAAAUGGAACACUUCGAUCACAAAAAUCCUAUUCAACUGGACAAUAUCCAAUGUCAGUGGCUGUCGGUGAUUUAAAUAAUGAUACACAUAUUGAUAUUGUAGUCGCUAAUUACUAUAACAAUUACUUAAGUGUUUUUCGUGGAUACGGUGAUGGAAAUUUUACAACAGCUAUGAGUUUAACAACAGAUUGGUAUGUCACAUCGGUAGCUAUUGCUGAUUUAAAUGGUGAUGGUCGUUUAGAUAUAGCUGCAACUACUCAAUACAGUAAAACUUUAAAUAUACUUUUCAAUAUAUGUUAA